AUAGCGGAAGAGAAUGUAUACAAUAGCAAUCUAAAAAUCAAUUAAGUUAUGAAAAAAAGCCCAUUAAUUGCCUUUCUUUGUGGCCGAUGUUGUUAUGGAAUGGCGGAUAGCUAGAAAAGAUGUCAAAUUCCUAACAAUGAGCUGAUAGAUACAUGAGGCAUCGUGAAGCAGGUGCAUGACCAGAGAGGCUGACUGGAAGAUGCCAAGAAGAAAACAGCAGAAUCCACAACCUGUAAAGUUGGAUUCUGAAGAUGAUAUAGGAGUUGAAACCGCAGCAAGCCUCACAUUUGAGAGUGAUCUCAUCCUGGGACAAGAUCUUGAUUUUACAGACCCAGACAAUGAUGGGAAAAGCAUAGGGCUGGAUAGAUACACAGCUGACCUGGGCUUGCCCGUGUUCUCCCUGGCCGACGAGGAAAGCUCCUCCUACAGCCGCCUGAGCAUGGAGAGCGACACCGACGAGCCUCGCGGCGAACGCGACGCGCUCACCACCGCCGCCGCCUCCUCCUCCUCCGCCGCCAACGCCUCUGCCUCCACCACCCCCUCCUCCGAGUCGGCCUUCCCCUCCUACCUGGCCUGCAGGGCCUGCGGACGGCUGUCGGAGGACCCCUUGGGGACCGGCCUGGACCUGGUGGGGCCCUACUGCCUGCACUGCUGCAAGGCCGGGAGCCUGGGACUGAGGGAGGGGCCCGGGGGUUACCGGAGGGCCGCCGGAUGUCCCGCGGCCUCGAGGUCGGAGGCGGAGGACGGGCUGCUGGACAGGGAGGGGCUGGGGUUGGUCGCCGGCGACGACGACGGCUCGCUGCUGAAGCUGCACUCGUGCCACCUGUGCGGCUUCUCGUCGCGCUACGCCAACCACGUCAAGCGGCACAUGAAGACGCACAACGGCGAGAAGCCGUACCGCUGCCCGCUGUGCACGUACGCCUCGGCGCAGCUGGUCAACCUGCAGCGGCACCUGCGCAUCCACACCGGCGAGAAGCCGUACAAGUGCCAGAGCUGCGCCUUCGCCUGCAGCUCCCUCGGCAACCUCAAGAGGCACCAGCGCAUGCACGUCGCCAGCGGGGCGGCCACGAUCACCGCCGCCGUGGCCGCCACACCCGCUUCUGCCGCCGCUGCCGCCGCCGCCGCCGCCGCUGCUGCUGCUGCUGCUGCUGCUGCACCACCACCACCCAGCACUAGAGGGCAGCAGCAGCAGGGAGAGGGGAGCCGAGUCCCUGGCGGCCCACGGAGGAGUGCCGUCAGUGGGGGACACAGUCUGCGGAGGCCCCUUAGGAGCCACAGAGCCAGGGCGGAGGCAGCUAGGACGAGUAAUAACGACAUGGUGUCCCGAAAUGACUUGGCUCAUCUACCUGUGGGUGGAGGCGAUGGAGGUUUCCUGCAGGCUUUCGACGGCCCCAGAGCAGAACCACAGCAGCAGCAGCACCACCACCACCACCAGCACCACCAGCGCCCCCCCGAUCUCCACUCUCCUCCUCCUCCUCCUCCUCGUCGUCCUCCUCCGCCCGUUCCCCCUCAACAGCCCCAGCCUCCCGCCUCGCUGCCCCCUCUCCUCUUCCCCUUCACCUGCCGCCUGUGCGGCGUGGCCCUGGACGACGAGGACGGCUCCUCCGCCCAGAUCUGCGCCCGCUGCACCCUGGAGCUCCUCACCAAGGACUCGAGCGGCCCCGGGGAGCGUUCGGGCGGCGCCAGCGAGCGCGUGUACACGUGCGCGGCGUGCCCCUUCCUCACGCACUACCCCAACCACCUGGCGCGGCACAUGAAGACGCACAGCGGCGAGAAGCCGUACAAGUGCCCGCAGUGCGACUACGCCUCGGCGCACUUCGACAACCUCAAGCGCCACCACCGCGUGCACACGGGCGAGAAGCCCUACAAGUGCCACCUGUGCGAGUACGCCUGCGGCAACCUGGCCAACCUCAAGCGGCACCAGCGGGUGCACUCGGGCGCCAAGCCCUUCCAGUGCGCGCUGUGCAGCUACAGCUGCAACCAGAGCAUGAACCUCAAGCGCCACAUGCUGCGGCACACCGGCGAGAAGCCGCACAAGUGCCAGGAGUGCGGCUACACCACGGGCCACUGGGACAACUACAAGCGGCACCAGAAGAAGCACGGCCUGGCCGCCGACGGAUGGGUCAAGGUGCAGCUGCCCGGCGGGGGCGAGGAAGGCGAGGAGGACGAGGAGGAGGAAGAGGAGGAGGAGGAGAUGAUGGUCGAGGAGGAGGAAGGGGAGGUGGUGUAGGUGCGGACU